GCUGCCAUUGAAGAUGGUCCAGAGGCUGCACUUGUGUACAAUGUGUCUACUGAAUUGGUAAGUGAGGCAGCCUGGUGGAAUCAUGUGUCACCAGUCCUGAAAGCACUGGAUUGGCUGCCAGUGAGAUAACAAACCCAGUUCAAGAUGUUCCCACUAGCACAUAAAGCCCGAAAUGGCUUGGGAACCAAAUACCUAAAAUUGUGCCUUGUGAACAUCAAGCACCUCCAGACUCAAUGAUCUGAGUUGGCACUAACUUGUGACACAUAACAGGGCCUUUGCAAUCAAUGGUUGUUCCCCAUUUGUGGAAUGCCAUAUGCCUCCAUCAUUCUUUCAGGAGUUCACACUUCGUGCCUGCAGAAUACUGUUCCUUGCGACCCUCAGAUCAGUAGGCAAAAUAAUGUUUUUAGAAUGUUUUUAACUGAAACUGCUUUUAGAUUUUUUUUAACUGGUUUUAGAAUAUUUUAGCUAUUUUAGAAUACUUUUUUAAAAUGUGGAUGUGUGUGCCACCUUGGGCUGUUUGGGGAGUAAAGGCAAUAAAUAAAUUCAACAAAUAAAUGUAAGCUGUAUAAGGCACUCCAUGCUGUUGAGGAUACCUGUGUUUUGACAAUGAUGGAUCAAGAGCACCCCCUAGCUACAAAAGCACAGGAUGCUGGAGCCCUCCAGCCUCCUUCCCAAAGCUGAGUGGGCUUUAGGAAGGUGACGGGCAGGUUCUUGGACCCUGUCAGAACAUUGUGCCUCCCUAAGCUGGGCAGAAGCUUCCCAGGAUUUGGGAAGGAGGCACCAGUUUUCCUAUAACUUGAUAGUUUUGAUGAACUGCAAAAGCAUUUUUAGUUUGCUUUCUGUUGCCACCCUGGAACUUUUCUUUAUUAGUGCCACUUUGUUUUGUACGAUUCCUUGCAAAUGAAGGGAAACAACUUUUCUGCUUGUAUAUGUUGAUAAUAUAAUUUUGGUUACUGAGGACAAACAAGAUUGUACAAUAACAAGAUUGGGUGCAGGCCUGGCCAGAACAUAGGCAUCCUGACUGUGACAAAGGUGACCUGUGUGCUUGCUUGCUUGCUUGCUUGCUUGCUUAACAGCUGUUGGGAACUUCAAGGUCCCGGCUCUCCCUUCUUAUGGUCUUUGUAUUGGACCUGGAGACUUCAACAGAGAGCAUUCCACGUCAAGAAGGAGGGCAAGUGGGCACUUUAUCAAAUGACAGGGCAGAGGUUACACAGCAGAAGUUACACGGAGCAGGGCCUUUUCACUGGUGGUGCCCAUUGUAUGCCUCACUCUUCCAAUAUCUCUUUUGGCCUGUAUUUUGGAGCUUUAUCAUUUAGGAAGACUUUGGAAGAACUGGUUGACAAGUCUUAUCAGUUGUUGACGUAUGAGCGGAUUUUAUUUGCUGCAAUUCUGUGCUUCUGGUGCACCAGGGUUUACACCAAUGUAAUAGAGUUGGCCAGGAUGCUAGAAGGGAUACAAUUUAUGAGCUUUCUCUAUUAACUGCACAGCAAGGGAUGUUUAGUCAACAGCGCAAAGGCUGAGCUGAAGCAUUCCCUGCUGGUUACCUGCUUUCAGCAAUAGGGAUCGCUGUUUGGUAGUACCCAAUUGGUUAGCUGUCAGAUUCUAGAGCUCCCUGUUGGUGGCUCUUAGGUAAUUCACAAAAUAGAGUCCAUUCAUAAAACACAGUGUUCAUUCAUAAAGCAGUAACAUAAAUCUCCAUUGCUACAUAUUGGGUGUAUAUUUCAGCAGUUGAACGUACAAGUUUAUGGCCAUGCUGUAGUGUAGUGCUUAUGCGACUGUGAAUAAAAGGUAGCUGGGCUCAUUGUCUUGGGGUUUGGGGGGGAAGAGUUUACAAAACUGAUUUCCAAAAAGUGCCCUCCCUUUAUUUCCAUAACAAGUCCUUGAGUCUGUACUCUGAAUGGUGACACCAGGGACCUAGAAAGUGCAGGGCUUGUUAGUCCAACCCCUGCACAGUCUCAUCAGGGCUGCCCUUAAGGCAAUUGGGCCAAAUUGGGGCCCCUGCACCAGGGCAAUCUAGAUGGAUUUUAUUUUUAUCUAUAAGAUUUUGCAGACUUUGGCUGUGAACUGGGGCCCUACAAAAAAAAAAUCAAGUUGUGCCCCACUGCUUCAAAUUGGACCCACUAGCUAGCCCUCAGUCUAAUAGUUGAUGGGCCUGAGUUGCCCUGCCCUUGCAUGAAGUCUUGGGUUUACAAUUUUGGGAGAGGGGAGACUGUGGCACUGUGGAGCAGGCAGGCUGGCGAGGCCCCCUAGAUUUAGAGGCCUGAGUUGUCCUGCCCUCGCAUGAAGUCUUGGGUUUGCAAUUUUGGGAGAGGGGAGACUGCGGCACUGGGGAGUGGGCAGGCUGGCGAGGCCCCCUAGAUUUAGAGGCCCUAGGCUUCAGCCUACUUAACCUAUACAUAAAUCCGGCACUGGAUUUGGCACAGUGAAGAGUAUUCUCAGCCCUCUUGCUAUUUCAACAGCUACAUUCAAAGUAAGCUGCCUUUCCAUUAAGGGUUUUCCUUGAAGUCUGGAAGGUUUCCAGAACAAUUGGUCUUUAAUCAUUUCUUCAUAUAUGUUGCCAAAAACACAAGUGGCACUCAAUGCACAUAAUGCAGUUGCAUAUUGAUCUAAUCUCCUGGUAACUGAACCCUCAAAGGGAAUAUGUACUGUUCAGCAAUCACAUUUAUAGGGGAAUUAAAGUGCUCAUCCCGAAGUACUUCAUAAGGAUUUGCAUCCUGUGCCACAGCAGGAAGGGAGGACAGAUUAAUACAGUACAGUGGUACCUUAGGUUAAGUACUUAAAUCAUUCCGGAGGUCCGUUCUUAACCUGAAACUGUUCUUAACCUGAAGCACCACUUUAGCUAAUGGGACCUCCUGCUGCUGCCGUGCCGCUGGAGCAUGAUUUCUGUUCUCAUCCUGAAGCAAAGUUCUUAACCCGAGUCUGUAACCUGAAGCGGAGUCUGUAACCUGAAGCGUCCGUAACCUGAUGCGUAUGUAACCCGAGGUACCACUGUAUAGACCUGGCCUUCUGGGCCCAAGCAGUGAAGUAAAGUCUUCAGUUUAACAUUUAUCUGAAUGGUAAGGAGAUAACAGUAAUUGCAAAAGUGGCCCUUGCACUGUUUUCAGGAACGUGGAGGUUCCCAAGGGUGGGCAGGAAGAAAAGUGGCGAAUGUGAUUUGGUUGAUGGAGUGGUAGGAGAAGCUGCAGCAAAAUCAAGGAAAUGCAAAGGCUCAAGAGCUGAAAUACGGAAGCAGCAGCUGCUGUUGCUACAAAGAGCAGGAGAUCCCUCUUGAGGCCUUGCACUGUCAUGAACUGGAGCAGCUGCAGAAAACGACUGAAGGGUUUAGAAGUUUAAGCAGAAAAUGCAGGUGGGAAGCUUAAUAAUAAUAAUAAUAAUAAUUUUUAUUAUUUUAUUAUUUAUACCCCGCCCAUCUGGCUGGGCUUCCCCAGCCACUCUGGGCGCCUCCCAGCAGAACACUAAAAACAGAAUAAAACUUCAAACAUUAAAAACUUCCCUAAACAGGGCUGCCUUCAGAUGUCUGAAGCUUGUUUCCUGUGGGUUUUUAAAAGUCCUAUUCCCUCCCCCCAUCUACCUCUUUAUCUAGGAAAGAGAUAUUCAAACGAUUCUUAUGGAGAUAUUAAUAACAAGUCACAAGUUAUUCAAGUCACAAUCUCAGCAUAUAUAUUUUCUCUGCUUCCUUCCUCUCCCUCCUCCUAUUUUUCCCAACUACUGAGUCCUCCCCAGGACAAUCUUAUUAAAUACAGACAUAUAGUUAGCAGUAGAAAACAGUCCUUAUUGCACUAUAUUCCUGCCAGGGGCUGCCACCUUCAGUUUUUCAAAAUAUCCUUUGUACUUCUCUCAGCCUCAAGGUUCCGCCAAACCUUGCUGAUACAUCCCUCUUGUUUCUCAGUAGUUUCAUUUUGGUCCCAAUCCUGUUAGCUGUGUUUACUUUUAUUGGGCCAAUAAUGUCAAAAUAAAACGUGCCUUUGCUUCAUUUCAGGACCUGUGAAACCACCAGAUGCACUGAUUCUUUUUCCUCACGCUUUUCCUGAGCCAUAUCGAGGGGGGCAGAACCUCAGAUUUGUAUUUAUUUAGGAGGGGCUGUUCCCCCUCCGUUCUGCUUGGCUAUGCCCAUGACGGGGCUUACCCGGACCCCCAAUAUUUUAUUCAUAGUAUUGACACCCCUGGACACGUGUCCGCCGCGAGCUGGAAGAUGCAUCCCGCCCUGCCACGCGUCCUGUCUGGCGCCGCCCCGCAGGCCGCUGCGCGAAGUGCAUCUGUCUGUGGAGCCAUCCUGUUCCGGCAUCGGGUUUGUAGCCCGAUCUCGUGCACGGAGUUGGGCGGCACUUCACCUGCAAGGGGCCGGCCGUCCUGUCAGAGCAGGAAGACAAAGACAAGCAGCCUUACCCCCUAGGACAGGUCUGGCCGUCUGAACCAGCCUGCGUGGUGCGGAAGCGGAGCACCCCGCCCCGCACGCCCGAGGUGCGCCUCCCGCAGGCCGGCUCACAAAAGGGGCGAGUCCCGAGGUCGGCUCCGCCCGCCUGCAGACGCGGAAGUGUUGGCCUCUGGGACAGCAGGAGCCGAAGCGGGACGCGGGAGUCAUGGCGCCGGCGGGACUGAAGGCGAUAGUGGGCGAGAGUGAGUGGGGACAGGCUGCGGGAGGAGGGCGCUGGCCCGACAGGGGGCACGACACGCGUGCCCCACAUCCUGUGUGUAUCCAGAUAUAUUUGCGUGCGCGCGCGCGUGAGAGAGCGCGCAGUUCUUGGCUUUCGCGGGGUGGGUGGGGAGGAUGAAAGGGUGUCGUUUCCUCCCUGUCACACAGCCUUUCACGCAAUCGCGGAGAGCGACUCUGCCCAGUCAAGAUGGGGGACGCUGCUGGGCCCCAUCUUUCCCUCACCCCCCCCAUAUUUCAUAUUGUGUCUUUCGGGGGAGGGUCCCAAAUGAGAUCUCUGCGCUUUUUGGCUUAGUCACAGGUGCCUCGGUGAUAGCAGCACUCCCUGGCAAGGGCAGGCCACCGACUCUCUUCUCCUAGAACGUGAGAAUUGGGCUUUAAAAGUCCGGUUGGUGUUUCCUAGGCAGUGCCAUCUGAAGUAUUCGUAUUCCUCCCCUGUGCACCAUCAGUACACUAAAACAUGAGACUCAUUAAUCUCAGGGGGUCAAGGAUUCGAGCCCCACGUUGGCCAAAAAGAUUCCUGCAUUGCAGGGGGUUGGACUAGAUGACCCUGGGAGAUCCCUCUCAACUCUGAUUCUAUCCAUUUAUUCUGAAUUAAGUGAUCAUGCAUUGCUAAUGUGAUCUUCUGUGGUCACUGAACCCUCCUCUCUGAGAUUCUUCCUUAUCUUUUAAAGAGUUUCAGCACUAAACUGUUCUUAGGAUGCACCCCCACCUCCGCCACCCUUAGUACACAAGACACAUUAUGUCUUAUCAUUUAAAAGCAUUUCUUUCUGUCUGGUCUUUAGUUCCUAUUCGGAAUAUGUAAUCGUGCUCCAUCUUGAUGAUGAUGAUCUUUUAAAUAUCUGAAAACUGCCAAAAUGUGUCCCCUCUGCUCAGUUUAUCUUUUUUCCUGUACUAAAUAUACUUGGGGUUUUUUGCCCUGGUAUCCUUUGUUUUGCUUUCUCUUCACAGUUGUUUGCUAAAUCUUUCACAAUUUGGCAGCAUCCUUCCCUGAAUUGUAGCAACUUCAGAGUGGCACAGUUUACUCACAGUCUGCUUGAAGUUACCAGUUUACUCUGUUUACAUUGAGAUGCUUGAUGGUAUAACAGAAACUGGGACAGGUUGUAAGAACAACAACAUCAUAGAUCAGACCCAAAGUUUCUGUCAACAGUAGGGAUUGGCCAGGGUGCUUGUUAUUUCUCAUUUGUAUGAUAAUUCCUCACAAUUAAAAGUAGUUUGAACAGUCAAGGGUGGUUUUACUCCUAGGUUACAGUCCUACUAUGCACAAUUAUCCUUGAGCUUAUUCCUGAGUAAACAUCCUAAGAGUGGGCUAUAAGUUUCUUGAUUUCUUGUUUGGCAGCAGGUUAAGACCAGAUUUAAUCAAGGCAGAUGAUACAGAACAAGUUAGCUUGUAAUGCUAAUUUUAUGUAAAUGUGCUGAAAUAAGGUAAAGUAAACUAUUGCCUCUAUUAGUCAACUGUUGUGUGAGAGAAGAUGAAAGAUUGCUCUAACAACUCUUGUACUUUCUUUUGAUGCUUGUUACACAAAGUGGCUGCAUUUUAUGGAUGUUACCUCUGGGUACUAAUCCCUACUUGCUUGCAGUGGCGAGGGGCAAAGGUGUGGAGAGGGCUGGAAAAGAGAGAGGGUGAAUCAGUUCCUGCAUUGGUCAGUGAGACUUCUGAGAUCUUAACAUUCUGCACUUCUGAUGGCUUGUGUUGUUGUUUUUAAAGGAGUGUAUACAGGUGUUCAAAACACUUGUUUAUAAGCUCUGAAAACACAGGUGGUUCAGUGGGAGGAAUGAGGGGAGUGAUAGCAGAGACAAAUUCUGGACCCAUCCCAUCCCAUUCUGCCUACUGGGGUGGACAGGAAACAGGAUCAAACCAAAUAAAUCCAAAGAUAAUGGUGUGGAGCCAUAAUAUUACUAUUUUAUUUUUUCCAGUAAUUUAUAUACUGCUUCUUAAGCAUUGUCCAAUGAGGUUUUCUUAGUGGGGCACAGCAAGAGAGAGAAUCAGGUAGACUUCCAUUGUAGUACUGCAAGCAACUAAAUGCAUAAAACUAAUGACUUUAUGCAAGAAAGCUUGUGCCUGCGAGCACCCCAAGAUGGUGUUUAAUUAAAGCAUUGUAUUAGUAAUUGACUAAUCUUGAAACUGUUGCACACUCUGCUAAUACUUACAGGUGCUUUGACUGUCAUCACUGGGUUAUUCCAUGCAUGAUGCAGCAAAUGAGUGUUACUUCAUAGAAAUGUGACAUGGAAAAGAUAAUCUGUGGGAUGUUACUACUGUUUUAGAAUCCCUGCCCUUCAAAUUCUAGUUACAGGUAGUUAGCCGUGUUGGUCUGCCUUAAUCGAACAAACAAACAAACAAACCAAAUUCCUUCCAGUAGCACCUUAGAGACCAACUAAGUUUGUUAUUGGUGUGAGCUUUCAUGUGCAUGCACAUGUCUUCAAAUUCUGACAGCUUCCCCUGCUCCCUGCAUGUAGCAACUAGGCCACUGAAUUCCUAAUGGAUGGAUGAAGACUGACUGAAUUAAAACCCUCCCUUAAGGAAACAUCAGGUGAUUUCCUAACUCCCCUACAAGUAGUAGUAUGAAGCAAUCUUAAUUAGAAGUGUGUCUUACAAAAUCCUAUUGUUAGUGAUAGUGCCAUGAAAGAUACAUAACUGUUGUUGCUAUUAACAACUAGGGACCUGAGGUUAAGAAAGAGAAUUUUGCUGGAAGCCACAAAAUGAGUCCUUAGGAGAGGCAGGGCUUUAACUGAACCUUCCCAGAGCAAAUUCCAGUGCUUCAAGUGCAAUGUGAGCAAGGCAUGUAUUUAGGUUUGUUUUCAUUCCUACAGGAUAUGUGAACAGACCUACCGUAUUUUUUGCUCUAUAAGUCUCACUUUUUCUCUCCUAAAAAGUAAGGGGAAAUGUGUGUGCGUCUUAUGGAGCAAAUGCAGGCUGCGCAGCUAUCCCAGAAUCCAGGAACAGCAAGAGGGAUCGCUGCUUUCGCUGCGCAGUGAUCCCUCUUGCUGUUCUGGCUUCUGGGAUUCAGAAUUUUUUUUUCUUAUUUUCCUCCUCCAAAAAGUAGGUGCGUCUUAUGGUCCGGUGCGUCUUAUAGAGUGAAAAAUACGGAAAUACAUUCAUUCUGCGGAGAGAGAAGAUGAUGGAGGUGGUUUAUGAGCAUUAUGAGACUCUGACCUUUUCUUCCUGUUUGAAUUUACUGACAAAGGUUUCAUUCUGACACUUAUUAAAUCUACUAAAGUCUAGCAACUAUGAUAAAUACCAGAAUCACAGUGCUCUGCACACUUGACAUAAAAAACUGCCGAGAGCCAAACCUUGUGGAUUUGCAUACUGUAUAGCCUUUAUUCUUCAUGGCUUAUGUACAGUGAUAACUACUGGAAGAAAAGGAACAUUUCAAAUUAUGAAGGCUUUCAAUCAGUUGAAGAACUUUUGUUUGUAUCAUAGACAUGACUUUUAAAAUUACUUAAUGUCACUAUAUGUUUAGAAAUGCACAUCUUCCCUUUGCACUUUUUUGCUGUAGAAAGUGAUGUGCAUUUAAUAAAACAUACUUGUUGUUUGAAGUGUGAAUUGGUUCUGAGUAAAGGGGAAGCCUUUACUGCUAAGAACAGUCAUUAUCUAGACUGCUUACACUUGCUCUUAAAGAUAAUAAUUUUGUAAGUCCUCCUUCUUCCUUUGCUGAAAUGUCAAGCCAAUAACUGAGAAUUUGCAGGUGGGCUCUUAUUUUGAGACACUAUUUCCAUUUGGAAAAGAAUAACAGGUAUGUGAUACGGAGUCCUCAUCCGCUUGCUUCCGGUGAGAGUUUGGUGCAAUAACCACUAAAUCAAGUUUCAAUCUUUCUCAAAGGAUUUGAGGAUAGCUUUUAGUCUCCAGUAUCUAAAGAACGAGAACUGUUGUUCUUCUACUCCAUACAACACAGUAUAAAUAGCUGAGUAGGGACAGAAUGUGGAGCUUACUGUCUGCUGAGUUCAACAGCAUAACUGUGUGCCAUUGUUUAACUCUGUUUGUUUGAUCAGCUCUUCCGUAGAUUUUGAUUUAUUUUUUUAAGUUUGCAGUAUUACCAAUUCCAAAAGAGUGGCUGAUUCUAGAACUUCUCCAUUAAACAUAGACUUAACGUCUGGAAGAGGAGUGAGAUCACACCUAAUAUGCUGGUAUUAACUCAGUUGGUAGAGCAUGAGACUCUUAAUCCCAAAGUUGUGGGUUCAAGCCACACCUUGGGCAAAAAAUUCCUGCAUUGCAGGGGGUUGGACUAAAUGACCCAUGUGGUCUCUUCCAACUUCACAAUUAUCUGAUAUAUGAUUCUGUGACCUUUGUGUGUUCUACUGUGAAGGUCUGAAAAGCCAUUCUGUGCAUCUAGAGCAGUGAUUCCAAAAAAUUUUGGGGCCACUGCCUCCUUGGUUCCAUAAACUGAUUCCCAGUGCCCCCUACCCUACCAUAUUAAAAGCAUUAUUCAGAAUAGCAGUUUGCACAACACACUAAGGAAUAUAAUAACACAAUAAAAUUCAAAAAGUAACAAUUAAUUGCAUAUUUAUUAAAAAUCCAGUUUGAGCUAUUUAGUUUAAUUAAUUUAGCAGAAUUCAUGAAUUUCCUUUUCAAAGUCUGAUACAGUAGUCAUUUAACAAGAGUCUUAAGAGGUACCACAUAUAGUAACUACUUCACUGUUCAGUAACUCAUCAGUGCAAUGAAUGGGCUUGAUGAAGUGAUACCAGUUUCGAAAUGUCUGGUUUAAAGUCACUUAACAGGAGUCUUAAAUCACUGUGCUUAGUAAUCUGGAGUUGAUUCCUUUGCUUGGUGACAAGUUGUAUGGGCACACGAAAACCAUGUUCCACCAAAUAUGAUGUUGCAAAUGUAACAUUAAGUUUCUUAACUACAGUGGUACCUCAGGUUAAGUACUUAAUUCGUUCCGGAGGUCCGUUCUUAACCUGAAACUGUUCUUAACCUGAAGCACCACUUUAGCUAAUGGGGCCUCCUGCUGCCGCUGUGCCGCUGGAGCACGAUUUCUGUUCUCAUCCUGAAGCAAAGUCCUUAACCUGAAGCAAUAUUUCUGGGUUAGCGGAGUCUGUAACCUGAAGCGUAUGUAACCCGAGGUACCACUGUACUGUCCAUAGUGCAGAAUAGCGAUCCGAAAUUUCCUUCCGUAACCAAAACUCUGUACAAUUUCUUAAACUUUGACUUCAGCUCAGUGUCAUUUUGUAGCUCGGCUAGUUCUUCCUCUACUACCCCAACUUCCUCAGUAUCUGAAAAUGGAUUUAUCACCCAAUCUGGAAUUACCACUAAAAGAAGAUCCCCAAAUCACUCAAACAUAUAUGCAGUAUAUCCAGGUGGUAAAAUAACCUUGCAGAUCAUCAAUUCUUAUCCCACCUUUCUCUUCUAGCUCAGACAUAUUUGGAAAUUGGUGUCACUCGAGACAGCCUAUACUGUGCUUGAAUAGAGUUAACAAGAAAUAUUGGCUCUGUAUCUGUAUCUGUUUCUCUUUGCCUUGCAAAUAACAACUCUUGAGCCAGACUUUCAUCUUUUGUAAAGCGCACAUAAGCGAGAAGCAAAUAUUCAUUGCCUGGCAGAAUUGACUCAUCCAGUAGUAAUGUGAAUUCUGUUGUCCUCAGUAAGCUGCACAAUGUCUCUUCAACGUUCUCAGUCAUUUCAUCUAUGCGUCUUUGCACUGAAUUGUUGCUGAGAAGAAUAAUCUUAAUUAUAUGGUGUGGUGACUUAUGCAAAACAGUACUCGGAACCUCACUAACUGCUGGUAGGAGGAGUUCUUCACCAGUAGUAUUUGGCUUUCCGGACUUAGCAAUCAACAAUACAAUGUGAGGAAGGUGAGUGGUGCCCACACACUUUGGGAAUCAUCAAUCCAAAAUGUGCUCUUCAUGUGACUGGAAACCCUGGGGCAAUCCAUUUCAGUUUGUUUAAUCUGCUGCAGCCUUCUAGAAAUUAACAAGAUUGUCACGGUAUGAGGUUCUUAUAGGUAGAAGCAGUCCACUGUCUCCAGAUUCAUGGACAGUGUUAGAAUCUCAGCUAUAUAAGCUAAUCACCAAAUGGCACCUUAAACCUAGGUUGUGGUCGCCAAACCAGAAUGUCUAGGUGCCUUUUUCCCGAUGAGAUUUUAAAAAUUAUUUUAUUCAUAUUAUUUCUGUACCACUUUAUACAGUGGUGCCUCGCAAGACGAAAUUAAUCCGUUCCGCGAGUCUCUUCAUCUAGCGGUUUUUUCGUCUUGCGAAGCAACCCUAUUAGCGGAUUAGCGCUACUAGCGGUUUAGCGGCUAUUAAAGGCUUAGCGGCUUAGCGGUUUAGCUGCUAAAAGGCUAUUAGCGGCUUAGCGGCUUAGAAAAAGGGGGGGAAAGCGAAAAAAAAUCUCAAGACUCACAAGACAUUUUCGUCUUGCGAAGCAAGCCCAUAGGGAAAUUCGUCCUGCGAAGCGCAUUGAAAAACGGAAAACCCUUUCGUCUAGCGGGUUUUCCAUCUUGCGAGGCAUUCGUCUUGCGGGGCACCACUGUAUUUUAAAGGGGGGAAAAUCUCAAAGUGGUUUAAAACAUCAAAUAAAACAAUCCAGAAUAAAACAAAUUCAAGCUUCAAGGGAAAUUCUUCAGAUCCUUCUCUAAGUGACAUUUUACUUUCCCCAUAUUUAUUUACCUUCUUAAUUUAUAUACCUGCCCCAUAGCAGAAGUACUCAAGGAAGCCAGUGUGGUGUAGUGGUUUGAGUGUCAGGCUAGAACUUGAGAGAUCAGAGUUCAAAGUCCCGCUCAGUCAUGAAGCUCACCAGGUGACAUUGGGCCAGUCACAGCCUCUUAACCUAUCUCACAGGGUCAUUGCAAGGAUUAACUGAGGAGGGGAGUGAACCAUGUACUCCUUGGGGUGGAAAGGUGGGAUAUAAAUGCAAUAAAUAAGCUCUUCUGCUAACCUGCUUAGGAGAGCUGGAGAGGCCAGCCAGUUGGAGAUGUCAGUCGCCAGCCUGGCAUCCAGAAAUCUCUACAUGGUCAUAAUUGGACCUGCACCAGUCGCAAAACACGCCUGGUGCCUGGCUAAUUUCUAACACUGUUCAUGAAAUGAGGCAUUGGGCUUGAGUUGUAAGUACAGUGAUGUACACAUACCUCUUCUUCAAUCCUCAAUCUGUACGUUGACUCCAACCAUAGUAAACCUGUCCAUGUUGUUGACUCCAACCAUAGUAAACCUGUUCAUGUUGUUGACUCCAACCCUAGUAAACCUGUUCAUAUUAAAGCCUCUGUGGCAUUUUUGUGCCCUUCUCAUUGUGUUGCAGUCUACUUGAAAGGGACAUUAAGGUCACCUGUGUGUGUUUUCUCCCCUUUGCCUGCCCAGAGCAACUCCACUCUAGCUGAAUUCUGCAUGAGUGUUCUGUUCAAAUCCUUCAGAAACAGGGCAGUAUAGAUGGAGCUCCAAGAAGAAUUGAGCAGCAAAAAUGGAUCAGGUCCUGGUGACCACAGCAGGAAAGGGUCUGACUCACUUAAGAGGCUCUUACUUUAAUUUGUGAUGCAGCCAUUUAAUAGAUUCAAAUAGGUCACCUAAUGUACUAAUGGCUUCAGCCCUAUUUCUAGCCAUUUCCCGCUGUGAUUCUCAGAAAUGUGGUUUGUUUUGUUCCCACUUCACCAUUUUAUUUAUCUGUCCUCUUUUAAAGAAAAUUGGUUAAAAUAGCAUGCAUGCAUAUAUAUAUAUAUAUAUAUAUAUAUAUAUAUAGGGCUGCUCCUCAUCUCUGCUCCUGCCCAAUCUGAUUCCUACUCAACCCCCAUGUUUCCGCUACUCCCAGGUAGCUGGGACUAGUAGUGGGCAUAAAGUCAUGCCUGCAGUCUCCCUAGAGUUGCAUGCAUCUCACUGUAACAAGCCACUGUAUUAUCUGUAUGCUGAACACUAUUGCUGGCACCUGCAGGCAGUUCUUGUCUACAGGCAACCAUCUAAGUUGUUGUUGUUUUUUUUAAUGAGAUUUGAAAAUAGUAAUUGCAGAAGGAGCACUAGCUAAAAAGCAGUAUUAGUGUUGGUGGGACUUGUCUGAACAGGGAAUGGGAACCUGUGAACUUCCCAGCUUCCAUCCGUCUCUGCAUGUAUGGCCAAUGGUCACAAAUUAUGGCAGUUACUGUAGUGUUACAGUCCAGCAAUAUCCAGUUUCCCAUUUCUGAGGUAGAAAAACAAAUAGCAGUAGCUGGUUGAUUCCAUUAGCAUUUAUUAAAUGAAGAUGGUAUUUGACUCUCAUGCUGUUGUAAUAGCACUUAACAGGGUAACUUGAUUCUUCAGCUAUGGUCGUUUUAGUUCUUGAAGUUCCAGUGAUGUAUGAAGAUUGUUGUUAGGGUAAUACCUCGUUAUCUAGUUUUGGAUUUGUUGUUUGAUUCCAGACCACAAAAGGGAAGGGUGGAACAUAAUCACCAAUGUUUUCCAAGUUUUCCACCCAAGCCUAGGGUUUGCUUAGAAUUUGUUGGUUUACCCUCCAUUGUGAUGGAAGAUUAGGGGUUGUUACUUGCAAUUAUUCGUUCCAGAUUCAUUUAACAUAUAGACUUGUUCAGAGAAGGGUGGCUGUGAAUUGAAAGUUUUUUUAAAAAAAUUAAUUUGUGACCAAAAGCUCUGGAAAGUACUGUUGCAUACAUACCCUUGCCUUGCCUUUUAAUGGUAUGACAUGGGCCAAAGUGGAGAUCUACUGGACAAUCUCACAUACUGGCUUCAACAUAGAUCCACACUAGGCAACCAUGGACAGCUUGGGUUGUGAAGCAGGCUUGUUUCAACAAAUUGGCACCAGAGAAGGGAAUGCAUGAGAUUGAGACUCAUAGCAGCUUGUUCCUAUGAUUGAUUGAUUGAUUCUCUGCCGCUUUCCGUUCAAGUCCAUCCCAAAGUGGCUCAUAAAAAAUAAGUAUCAGCAGCAGCAAUAAAUUUAAUAAUAGAACACAGAACAAAACAUCUCAUCUCAAUGAGAUGAGACCAUUAUAAGCUGAUUCUACAAAGUCAUAUAAUUAAGAAUUAACAAUAAAAUGAUUAUAAGCAUAGCUUACAUUAUAUGCAAAUACAGGCAUGGGCAGUUUGUAUAUUUAGACUAAUGAAGAAGGGUCUUUCUUCAUUCAGCUGGUAACAUUCAAAGUCCAGACUGCUAGAAGGCGCUUGAGAUUGAUUGCUUCUUGAUAAAGAGUGCAUUUUAUAGUUAUGCAUUGUAAAUGAUGAUCAUUGGGCCUCAUGGAGCAGGCUGCCAUCAUGCUUUUUUUAAAAUGUGAAGGAGGAGUUCCAGUCCUCUGUAUGGUGCAAUGCAGUCAAACUGGGAUCCCCAUUAAAUGAUCCAAGAUAGUACCAAGGAAGGUUGGAGGUCUCUAAACAGAAGUCAUGGAAUGAAUUACUUGUGAAGGUAGACUGGGGGAAGUACAGUGGUGCCUCGCAAGACGAAAUUAAUCCGUUCCGCGAGUCUCUUCGUCUUGCGGUUUUUUCAUCUUGCGAAGCACGGCUAUUAGCGGAUUAGCGGCUAUUAGCGGAUUAGCGGCUAUUAACGGCUUAGCGGCUAUUAACGGCUUAGCGGCUUUAAGAAAAAGGAAACAAACUCGCAAGAACUCGCAAGACGGAACGUCUUGCGAAGCAAGCCCAUAGGGAAAUUCGUCUUGCGGAACGACUCAAAAAACGCAAAACCCUUUCGUCUAGCGAGUUUUUCGUCUUGCGAGGCAUUCGUCUUGUGGGGCACCACUGUAAUCCUCAUCUCUUAGCUGGGAGCUGAAGCCUUGAAUGGCUUCCUUGUUGUUACUUUGGGACUGUUGCUGGAACUGAAACCAGGCAUCUAAAAUUCCAGAGGAACAAAAUAAGCAGUACCAAAGAAGAGAGAGAAAUGGGACUGGGGGAGAAAAAUAUCCCUCAAGAGGUGCAAGGAGAACAGUUUGUUACAUUUCAGAUAUGAAACUCUUGUUCAAGAGCAAUUUCUUUAUAUAUUGCACACUGGUGCUUAUGAACACACUUAAAUGCUCUUCUAGCAUGUAGAUUCUUUUACCCCACAGACUAGGGUCAAACCUUUUGUUCCAUCAUUAAUGUCUGAAUGUGUCUGGGAUGAAUAUUGCAAGGCUGGUGAAGGGUGGCUGCGAUCUAGAGCUUAUAAUUUUUGGGUACUCAAAAGUAAUAGAACGGUAAUCAGGACUGAGUAUAGCCUGUUCCUUUAUCAGUUGUUCCAAGAAAUGCCAAAGCUUGGAUAAAUCAUAAAAAUUAAGCCAGUUUUUUCCUCCCCCCACAAAAAAUGGUGUGUGUAUGUGUAAUUUGUUCUUUUGCAUGCAUAAUUUAGCACCUCAUCCUUUCUGUAAGAAACAUAGUGUGCCAAAACUAUUGCUAUUCCUCCCUAGAAUAUCAGUUAAGAGGUGGCAACUGUCCUAAGGCCACCCUGUACAUUAUAAGUGGGCAUUAUAGGCCUGGAACUCCCCAGGCCAAAAUCAGUUUUCUUCUUGCCACCAUUCAUUGGCUCUUGGAUGCUAGAUCUGGGAAGAGGUGCAGGAAGAACAGAAGACAAGGAAAGCUGCUCCGCUGGCUGCUGUAAUUGCUUAUCUCCCCUUGGGCUUCUCAGAUUUUUAACAUGCAUGCAUUCUUUCAAGCCUACUUUCCCAGAACUGCAAACUGGUUUUGUUUUUGUUAUUCUAGCAGUUCUGCUGAAUUGUACAGUGCAAUGCUGAAGGCUACAAUGCAGCAGGAGCCACAUUAACAAAUGCCUUGUACACCUUUUAGUUGACAACACACAUUGUUGACAGCCUGCUAGUUUUCUGAAUCCUCUCAUGGAGUGUGAAAGCCACUAUCAUGUGUAAAUUUACUGAGAAGGCAUCAUUUCAUCAGGCUUUCCGUUUCUCCUGCCACAAAUGGAAAGUCUUCUGAACACUACUAAGAAAUGAAAGAACUUUCUUUGGGUUUCUGUUGCAGCCCUACAUUGGUGCCUGUGUAGAGGCUUGCUUGCUUGAUAAUUUAUUUAUUAUUUGAACUUUUUAGUCACUUGUUACACUCUAGGCAGGGGGAUUAUGGGUUCAGAAUCUUAUUACUCUCUCAGUGAAAUGUGCAUGUAAAUAGGCACUUAUUUUGGAUAAGUAACAGGUACCUGUUUUAGUUGAGUCAAGAAUGGAAAAUUCUAGUUGAGCUGCUGAGUAUCUGUACUGGGGGGUGGGGGGGUCUGUUCUGCUGAGUUCCUGUGCUCAGUGUGGAAGCCAGGCCUGAUUUCCCCCUGUGCACCUCAAAACUAGUUAAGUACAUAACUGGUUAAGUACAAAAUGGCCUCUUUCUCUAACUGGAAAAGUGUGAAGAUUUAAAUGCAGUUGGCUUCUUUCAGUGGUACUUGGCAAGAGAACUGUUUCAGCAAGAUGGUCGCAAGUGGAUAACUGGGAAUGCUUUUUUGAGCAGAGCCCUUCUUAAGGACAAAAGCAAAUGAGACUGAGAAAUAUUAAGUGCUGGAUUAAUUUGCCAGCAGAGCGACAAAUAAUUACUCUAUUUUUCACAAGUCUUACAGGAGAGCUCCGAGCAGGCCUGUCUCAGGCAGAGCUAGGAGAAAAGGUGCUUUCAUGAUUAUCAGAAGGAAGACAAGCACCAAUUUAAGCCUCUCUCCUGGAAAAAUCUUUGAGGUAGCUGUUUCCCAUUUGAUCUAUUUUUAUAUUCCUCUUGGAGUGCACAGUACAGUUCUUGAGUCAUAUCGAUUAAGUUAUUACACAUUUUAUCUGGAUUUGUGCUUUUUUGCUGUGCUCAUGUUUAAAUAUAGAUUUGUGACCCCCACCCCUUUUAAACUUUUUUUUGGGGGGGGGUCCUUACGUUUAUAAAUGCCAAAGAGUCACAAUGUGAAUAUGUAGAAAAAUUGGACUUGUUCAAAAAUAGAAAUAAAAGCAGGAAGUGUGAUAUUCUGACUAAAUCCAGUGACUUCACCAUGAAGGCAUAGUUAGGCCAUUUUGCAUAGUGCCUGUACUUGAUUCUGAUAUUGCAGAAUAAAUCUGAAGCUUAGUUUGUGCACCAAGUAGGCAUGUGAAAUGAUUUUAUACUGAUUCACUCCCCUCAGGGCCAGCAGCUUACCAGACUUGCUGCCCAGGUAGCCUGGUAAUUAUUACCUAACGGUGGGCAGGCUAGGAGGAGGUGGAGGGAGAAAUUUUUGUAAUUGUAAAACAGCUUCAAGGUCACAGAUGUCCAGUGACUUGAGGCUGGAUGCAUUAGCAGCAACAAACUGCGCUUUAUAUGUCAAGGCCAAACCAUGAAUUUUAGAAGUGAUCUUUCCUCACCGGUUUUCCUAGUAGAGCAACCUGCUCGCUCUCCCAACUGGUGGUGAAUGAAGGUUUCUUGGACUGAGAUGCUUGACUGGCCUGUUUAUAGUAUUGGUUACUAGAUGUUUAUAGCAAGAGCUGUUACUGCGUGUCAAGGCUGGCACUGUUGUAAGAGGGUUUUUUCCCCCUGACAUAAGGAAAGCAAGUGUUUGUUAAGAUGCAGCAGACAGGCCAAACUGGCCUGUUCCUCUGUGAUGAUUCACUGUGAGACAAAAUUUAUUUUACUGGUCUCAUACACCUUGAAGAGAAGAGAAUUGGUGAUCAAGGAAGUUUUCUUACAUUUCUGUCUGGGGUAGUUUCUCUGUUUUUCUUAAUUGGGGACGUUUAUGUAUGCACCUUGGAUAUCUGAUACAGUGUUCAAGGUUUACCAGGGUGUUGCCCUGUGUCUGCAAAUGUUUGUUAUCUUGGGUUAAGGACUGUACUGAGUGUUUGUACUUGCAAGCUGAUUUGUGGGGUCAACUUGCUCCUUUGUUGCUUGGCAACAAAUGCUCUCUCUUGCUUUAUAAGGUAUGCUUUUUGUAGUUUUUGAUUAUAUCAGCUACUAAAAGGCUCAGAGAAAGAGCAUUCUUUCCCAAAGACAUGCUUAACAGAUCAGUCCCCAACCUUUCUUGAAAACAUCCAAGGAAAGAGAAUAUGCUGCAUAAGUGGCUGCAUUUUGAAUUUUAACUAUAGUAUCAAUUUGCUUCCUUUUAGCUGAAAAAAGGCUUCUUUCAUAUGCUCCGUGAUGUUAUUCACACUGCAAGACUGUGGACAGUCUCCCCAUGUCACAUUCUGGAAACUCUAUUCAAUUGUGAUUUAAAAGUAGGAGUUGGAGAAAUGAGGCCUUCAGACUUUCUGAAAUUUUGUCCCAUUCCCAUAAUUGAAGCUAGAUGUGAUACACAAAGUCUUUCAUUUCCUCCACUACCCACAGUUGUCAUCCCUGUCCUCUAGUUGGGAUCCAAAUAGCUGUGCUAUAUUAAUAGUUUCAGAUCUUUGGCACCAAAUGUUGUGGACAUCUGCAAUUACAAGGUGUUUCCUGGUAGAUUAUGCAGGGUUAGUGGGUGAUCCUCUGGCAGUGCUCUCUGCCAAAGCUGUUAGUGCAUUAUGAACUUCUGCAUCAUCAGUCCACCAUGCGUGUGCAAUGACGCUGGUGUGAUGGCACUGGGGCCUCUCGUGUGCCAAGCAAUCCUUACAGCACAAUCCUAUGCAUGUGCGCUUGGAACUGUUCAGUUGAGUUCAGUGGGGCUCACUUCCAGAUAACGUAUUUUUCGCUCCAUAAGAUGCAUCUGACCAUAAGACGCACCUAGUUUUUAGAGGAGGAAAACAUGAAAAAAAAUAUUCUGGAUUGAAUGUGGUACUAAACUAUUUAAAGCAGCAAAGCGGGCUGCUCCUGUCUGCUUUGCUGCUUUAAAGUGAGCUGCGGAGGAGGGGCGGAUGGACGGGAGCCAUGGCUUCCCUUCCUUCCCUCCUCUGUGGCUCGCUUUAAAGCAGCAAAGCGGACAGCAGCCACUUACACGUCCCUCCUCCGUGCAGCAUUCAUUUCAUAAGACGCACAGACAAUUCCCCUUACUUUUUAGGAGGAAAAAAGUGCGUCUUAUGGAGCGAAAAAUACGGUAAGUGUGCACAGAUUGUAGCCUAAGCCCCUUUUUGUAUCUCUGUCUUAUGCUAGCACUUUCUCAGACUAGGAGUAGACCCAGGCUGCCUCUUGCCUUUUAUUUCAGUCUACAUACAGGUGCUUCUUGUUUCCCAGACAUGGUUGCUUUUCAAAGAUGCUAUGUGAAUUUUGCAUUUUCAAAAGUUUGAUUGGGUCUUCGUGGCUAAAAGACAUAAGAGAAACAAAUGUGUUUCAUUUAGAGGAACUUGGUUUCUGUGUGGAUUCAAGGCUUCUUUUCUACUGCAGUGAAAGAUUGGAAGACUGCCCAAACCUUCUUUCCCUGAGAAGGCCACUUUCUGUCACCACAUUACAAGGUCAGGUCUCUAUGGAGAGAGGGAUCUCUUUGUUCACACUUGUCUUUACUUCUGAAUGGCAGUCCCUGAUUAUGUCAGUGACACCUGCUGAGCUGAUUUUGAAUUACUUGCACUCCCCAUCUCCAGUUUGGGCAUGAAGACAGUUAGUUGACUUCCAUAGCUACCUUUACUGUUAUAUAACAUUUUGGAUCAGGACAAGAAUAUGUCAUAUGGAAUAGAACAGAUUUGCAACGAUAUCCACUAGUGGAGAGUAGAAAUUGCCUCUGGGAGGCUAGGUAAAUCAGUUUUCGUAUUACACAUGCACAUAUCCCAUAGGGCCAUAUAUCUCUCUUGUCUCCCUUCUAACAUCCAUUCAGGGGUGGGGAAUGUCUGGCUCUUCAGCUGUUACUGGACUCCAGCUCCUGUCACCCCUGACCAUUUUCCACACUGGCUGGGACUGAUGGGAAUUGAGAUCCAAUAGUAUCUGGAAGGCCACAAUUUUCCACAGUCUGCCUGUAAAAGUCAGUGUGGUUCUUAGUUUCUGACUUGGUUCUGUUUAACGAAUACACUCUGAUUGGUUAGAUUCCCAUUGGCUUAACAACUGGCUUCUGGUGUCUGCUUCCUAGAACUUUGUUCCAUGUCAUUGUUGCCUGUUGAGAUUCUAUGCCACCUGAAAAAGCAUUUGUUUUUCAACAAACAAGGAACAGAUACUUAUUUUGGGAUGAUUUUGGAACUUUCAGGCUAGUUAUAAACAUACUUACCAGCGAGUAAGUUCCAAUGGGUGGUAUACAGUGUUAGUCCUACUUGGAGCAUACCCAGUUAAAUGACUGGACAUGGCUAACCUAGAUCCUUGAAUUUCAGUAGGUCUCUCCUGAGUAGAACUUAGUUUCUUCCAAAUUCUGUUGGUUGUAUCCAACUUCCUUCUGAGGAAGCAUGUUUAGGAUUGCAUUGUGUAUGCAAUAACUGACUGAGCAGAUAAAAAUGUAGCUCUACACUUCUAGUCCAGCAAUAAUCACUUUCAGAUGAUUAUAAGUCACUCUGGAGACAUUCCGUUCCAGUAUAACAAUUCUGGUUUUGCAAUAUCUGAAAAUGACCUUGGAGAAAGCAACUGUGCGUCUCAGCUUCCCUGAUUAGCUAUGUGGACGGUGUCCAUGCCAUUAUUGCUAUGUUGCUAUGUUAUGUUCUAUGAAAACUGUUUGUUGUAGCAAGUUAGCUAGUGCCUUUGGUGGGGAUGGCAUUAUUUAUUACAUAUUUUUCCAUUGUGGAACUCAAAAGCUGUGCACAUGAGGUUCUGAAGAGGUCUCCCAUCCAGCCACUGACCAGACCCAGACCUGCUUAGCUCCAGCAAGGUGGCUGCAUCAGGUGCCCUCAGACCAUGCCUUGGGACAUGUCUAGAGCAGGUGAUAUCUAAAACUGAUCGUACAGGAAUGGGAGCAUUUCCAGUAUGCCUUUCAUACUCCAAAAGGUCCAGUUUGACUAGUUCUCUGUUCUGUUCUGUUCUGCUUAGCAUGUUGCCUGAUGCAAUAAGCACUGCAAUGCUAGCUGCCAGGUGUGGGUAUGAUAGCAACCUUCCCUUCUUUCUCAUAAAGCAGGUGUGGAAUGGAAACUGCCAGAUAGCAGAGCUGAGCUAAUUGAGAUUGGAGUUGAGGCUAAACUUGGUUAAUAGAAGAAUAGAGAAGCUCUUUAAUUAUAGCAGCAUGAUUGACACAAACAGUUUUCCAUUGCCACACAUUGUUCAAACAAGGACUUAACUGUGGCUUAGAAAAAAGCUACAAAUUGCAUGUAGCUGUCUCUGUGACUGCUUUUCUUGAUGCAUCUUUGAGAUGAGCCCAUAGCUGGAGGUCAGGGAUGAGAAUUGGUCAUUUUUCUACUCCAGGCCCCCUCCUACAUCUGUUCCCUCUCUCCUCUUCCCAGCCAUAAGGUUGCAAGUAUGUGUUUACCCGUGUUUUGAACCCUGAGGAAAGGAAACGGAUGAGGAGUGAAUUUCAGAGGGGGAAGUGGCCAGUGGGGAAAGGGUUAAGCACCCCACCCAUUGCUUCCUCGUUAGGAAUGCCUCCCUCCCUGCUUUACCAGAAACAUUUUGUGUGCAAUGGGCAGUUUGUCUCUUGCAUAGAAGAUAGUUUGAAAGAGGAUUGCUCAUGGGAAUUUCUCUGACAUGUACAAUUAGUAUCACAAGGGCUUGCUAUGAUUUUGGUUGUAACUUGCAUUGUCUCUUCAAGAAUAGUAAGAGACAUAUGUGACGUAGUUAAAAAUAAAGGGCAAGGGUGAAGGGCGGAUUAGUUUUGGGGAGUCACCUUCUUUGCUUUUCCAUCCUGCAUCUGAUCCAUGCUACCUUACAGUACGGUCCUGAAGUCGAGAGGGCCAAUCUGUUGCCAGAAAGUCCCAUGUUGAGGGCACUUCUUAAUAUAUAGGAUGCCCGGGGUUGGGUGUCAUGGACCUCAUCUUGCAAAGGGAGAGUGCCAUGUUUUGGGAUUCACGUUUGGAGCAGGGGCAUACUUUGCAGACCAUGGGGGAAGACAACAGAAUCUGAAGCAGGUCCUGUGAGCUCAUAUAGUGUCAAAAACCCAAGAAGAGUUUUAGCUUCUUGUCAGGAAAGAAGCAUCAGUCAUGAAACGAAAUGAAAUUAUUAUUUUUACAAGCCUGAAACGCACUUAAAGGAUUGUAUUUCUCAGCAGACAUUCUAAUCAGUAGCAAAUACCAAAGUAGUUGAUUAAAUGACAAUUCCUGUGGCGUAUUAUUAGAUGCACAAUAUAGAUGAGAUGAAUAAACAGUAGAUAAUUGUAUCCAAAGUCAAAUUACCUAGCCGCAAGGUCGACAUAGAUAGUUGAUCCUAAUAUGCAUUUGCUUGUGUUAAAUUUCGGCACUCCCCACACACCCCCUCCAUUACCAGAUGCUCCCCCCCCCAACUGUUCACUGGCCUAGUCUUCUCACCCAGUGCUGAUAGGAAUUGUCCAAAGUGAUUUGCUUUUUCACACUGUCGCUCUAGCCCCUUGGCUGCCCUGAGCCUCUUGUCUUCAUAACACCAAUAUUGUGAUUCACAAGCACAUAGUCCACUGACCUGGGGCAUGAAACAGACCACCCACAGCUUAUCCAAAUAGUGAAGUCUCUCCAGCUGUGUAUGCCUUCUGUGUUGCUCAUUUUCAGCUCUUGCCCGCUGCCCAGGCUUGCCCCUCCUGAAGUGUUAUGGCAUUGUCCUGCUCAGAACAUGGAGCUCAUAACCAGCAUUCUAAAAUAGUCUGCCAUACCCACCGCCACUUCGAUUCAGCAAUAAAACGCAGGGGGAAGCACUGGGACACACACAAACACCACACUCAAACAUAGACCUGUGAAGCCCAGACCUGUACAGUGGUACCUCUGGUUGCGAACGGGAUCCGUUCCGGAGACCUGUUUGCAACAUGAAAAGAGCGCAACUCACAGCGGCGCGUCUGUGCAUGCGUGGGUUGCGAUUCUCCGCUUCUGUGCAUGCGCAUGACAUCAUUUUGCGCGUCUGUGCAUGCGCGAGCGGCAAAACCCGGAAGUAACCCUUUCUGGUACUUCCGGGUCGCCUCGGGACGUAACCUGAAAGAACGUAACAUGAAGCAGACGUAAAAUGAGGUAUGACUGUACCUAGAAACUCAGCACAAAAAGAAGUGUGGAUGAGCCCUGACAGACUUGCUGUUAUGAUUCUGUUCAUUUUAAAGAUACAGCAUGGACUGUGUGCGCAAAGGGGCUGCAGAAUAGGAGAGAUGAGGAGGCACGGAAAUUUGGGGGGGUGUCCUGUGCGCAAGAGAAAAUUGAGAAAUUGAGGAGAAGGAAGAGAAGGGAGUAAAAGCAGUGGAGGUGGAAAGGGGGCUUGCAAAACAAAAGAAAAAGGAAGGAGGAGGUGGCACGGGAAAAGGGUUUGAAGAUGAAAGCAGGGACAUGAAAGGAUCUGAAGAAUAGGAGGGAAUGUUGGGUUCAUAAUUGAGCAAAGGAUGAAAUGGAUGCUUAGUAAUUUCAAUGUGUGGGAAGAGGAAAAUACAUGAAUUUACCAUGCAAGUGGGGUUGCACAAAGGAAAGGAGAGAGGAGGCAUAGACAUGGGGGUGAAGGUGAAAAGGGGUGCAAAACAAGGCUGUGUAAUAGAAAAGUGGCUUUAGAAAUGUGGCUGGGAAGGGGACAAGCAAGGUUAAUAGUUGCAUGGGAUGGGAAGGGGAAGCUCCAUAGAGUUAAUGUGGCAGGAAUGGUAGGGAGCUGGAGAGCAGAGCAAGCAGAGGCACAGCCCCUAAUAUAUGCCUGGGUUUUUUGUUUUUUAAAAAACAUGAAUGGUUUCUGAGGCAGAACCAUUUUAUUUGUAUUGUCUAUGGUAAUGUGGCCGGUGGCAUAUCCAGGGUCUUUCUGACUUGGUUGCUCCCUUGUGUACUUUUCACUGCCUUUUCUUAGUCAGUGCUCUAGUUUGGCAGCUGGAUUCCUCCAAAGAAUUUUCACUUUGUCACAGCUGGUAGUUUUAUAGCCUUGUUUUCUUCCCUGCUCAUUGUCACAACUCUUUUAAACAAGUAUUACCAGUUACUCUUUUUAAUUCGACCUGUCCAGUUACAGUGUUUGUGUUCAUUUAUGUGGUUUUGGGCUGGGUACGUGGAGCAUUCAAAGCACCUUGAGUGUCUAAUUUAAAAAGACUUAGCACUCGCUAUUAACAUGUGACACUAAUUCAGAGGCAUCGGUUUCAGGCGUCUUGGAUUUAGUACCCCAGAUGAACUAUGUACACACACACACACACACACACACAGAAAGAGAGAGAGAGAGAUUGUCAGAAAGAAAGGAUACCAUAUCUCAUUCCCAUCCAUUAAUUCAAUUUUGGGUUUAGAUUUAUUUUGAGUGCAUCAUCAGGUUUAUCAGCAUUACAGCUCAUGAGAUCUGAUUUAAACUGGUGUGCAGUUGCCAAGACAGGAAGCGCUUUUGGUUAAUCCGGGGGGAAACUUCUGCCACUUAGAAUCAUAGAAUUGUAGAGUUGGAAGGGACCUCAAGAGUCAUCUAGUCCAACCCCCUGCAAUGCAGGAAUCUCAGAUAAAGCAUCCAUUAUUUUUUAAAAAUAAUUUUAUUAAUCUAGAUUUUCAAGAUAGCCUGCAAAAGAGAACCAUAAAGCAAAUAUAAAACAGAUCAAAAACAUCAGGAACAAAAACAAUAAUCAUAGUAACAUUAAAAAUACAAAAAAGCAGUAGAUAUAAAACCAGUUAAAAUCCUGGACAAUCUUUUUUUUUUUUAUGUCUAAAACGUGACUCUCCGGGUAUCCAUGACAGAUGACAAUCCAAAUUCUGCUUUAAAACCUCCAAGGAAAGAGAGUCCACAACCUCCCAAGGGAGACUUGUCAGUUUAUUAGCGAUCAGAGUAAGUUUAGAAAAUGGAACUGUUUGCUCUUGUCCCCCUUCCCCAUGCCAUGGAUGAACUAGUGUGUUGCAAUGAGGGAGAUACGGUGUGGGAUAAGGUCAGUUGAACUGGAGUACUGAAGAUCAUUUUACUGCAGAAGAAGCAUUUUAUGUUUUCUGUCUUUUUGUGCAGGCUACCUCCCCACUGAGGACAUCACUUCCUUAUGCCUUAUGACUGUAACCUGUGUUCGUCAGCAGCAUUUAUCACAUAGCUGAUCCUAGAAAACUUCGACCCGUUUUUGUUUUUAGCUUGUCUGGCUCAGAGGGUUGACCCCAUUUUAUCUCGGGGAUCAUCACAUGCUCUUAGGCUGGCAGUGACCCUUUACCAAAAGAGUGGGUCUGCCCCUCACUUUGUCUGACUGGCUAUUGCCUAGAUCGGGGUGAAAAAUGAGUGGCCCUCCAGGAAGAGUUGGGCUGCGGCUUGCAUCAGCCCCAGCCAGCAUAGCUAGAGUAGUCCAACAGUAUCUAGAUGGGGUACAGUUUCCCCAUCCAUGGUCUACAGCAGUGAGAACAAACUUUGGCCUGUAGGUCUGCCAGUCCCCUCCAUCUCUCCAUUUGGCCUUGGAGACUGUGAUCUACCUCCACCCACUCAGGUUUGUUUGCUCAGACAUCACCAGAGCAGUGUAGGUUCCAGGCAGAGGUAAUCAACCACCACACUGUGCCUGUAAUGUAUGAAUCAGCCCUUAGUGAAUCUUGCUUAAAAACUACCUAUAUCUGGUGAGCAGUGCUGGAGCACAGCAAAGAUGUAUUGACAUUGCAGUUCUGGGCAUUGUUGGCUCUCCACCUGCCAGUCCUCUGUAGAGAGCAGUCAAGCUCAUGAUUUGUUAUCUUUAUUGCUAGUAAACUAUCUGUAGUGAGCCUUGCUUCUCUCCCACUGAUGACCCCAAAGUAUAACUUUUGAAGAAGUGUGAACACCUGCAGUUCUUGGUUCAGCAUCAAGGCUCUUGGUAGUUGUUUUUUUUAAAAAAAAAAAAUUAGUUACCAACUGAACACUUAAUGAGGGAGAAUGCAGAGUGUGUUCCAAUUAGAGAGAAGCGCCUGUUUAAUUUCCUGAUGACUAAUGCGCCUGACUUCUGUCCCAUUCAUAAAGUGGAAAUGUCAUGUUAGGGGACUCAUCCGAUCACUUUAAAACAUUUCAGACCCAGAUUUUGAAUAAAAUGUUUUCAAAGUAUGGUGUGUGCUUAAAACAGUGAUAAAGCAGCAAUUAAGCACUACAGUGGUACCUCGGGUUAAGAACUUACCGUAUUUUUCGCUCUAUAAGACGCACCCAACCAUAAGACGCACCUAGUUUUAGAGGAGAACAAGAAAAAAAAUAUUCUCUCCCUCUUUGCGCAGCGCCUCUCCAGAAAAGCAGGAGGAGAAACGGAAGGGGCUAUCCCUGAAGCCAGGAGAGCAAGAGGGAUCGGUAUGCACCGAUCCCUCUUGCUCUCCUGGCUUCAGCGAGAGCUGUGCAGCCUGCAUUCACUCCAUAAGACACACACACAUUUCCUCUUACUUUUUAGGAGGGGGAAAGUGUGUCUUAUAGAGCGAAAAAUGCAGUAAUUCAUUCUGGAGGUCUGUUCUUAACUUGAAACUAUUCAUAACCUGAAGCACCACUUUAGCUAAUGGGGCCUCCUGCUGCCGCCGUGCCGCCGGAGCACAAUUUCUGUUCUCAUCCUGAAGCAAAGUUCUUAACCCGAGGUACUUUUUCUGGGUAUUGGAGUCUGUAACCUGAAGCGUAUGUAACUCGAGGUACCGCUGUAUUUUCUAAUGGCAGCAAACUCUUCCAAACCAUCUGGUGUCUAAAUGAUGUUAAAUAUGACACAAGCUGGGCUGAUAAGGGGGCAAAUCGCCAUACUUGAAGCACCAGCACUGAAAAGGUCCAGCCCCUGGUAGAUGCCGCCCCAUUCCCCUGGUUCACCUGACAUGACAAUAUGGGAGUAGGCCAUUUUCUUAAAUACCCUGGUCUCAGACAGUCUGAAAUGAGGAAGGCAGUUGCUCUGUGGGAAGAGCAUAUGCUCUGCAUGCAAAAGAUCCCAGGUUCAGUCCACAGGUUGAGCUGAGAAAGAGACCUGUCUUGAGAGCUUUUCCCAGCUAGUAUAUGUAGAUAGCUAGAUGGAGCCAUGGUCUGAUACUAUUCAGGGCAGACACCUAUGUUCCUACUCACUCCACUUCUUUCCCCUGCUCCUCCAAAACCUGGAAGCUAACUGCUUCACCAGGUUAGGGGUACAGUUCUCCUAGUGCCUUAAAAACUGCUGCUUGGAGGGCUCCCCCACAGGGCAUGUGAAUCAGAACAGAUGCAUUCCCACUUUGUCUUGUGUGGACAGUAAAGUUAGACUCUGCUUAUUGAAAGUGACAGAAGAUGUCUACACUGGGGCGGUCAGAGGCAUUGCUUAUCACUCUCCAGCACAGGAGUCAGCCAGUUAUUCUAAUUGCAUCUAGUAGUUGCCUCGGUGCUAAUUCAGAGCUUUCCUUCACCUUUCAGAGAUAUUGAACGAUGUCAUCCGCAGCAUGAAGAAGGAAGGAGAAUGGAAGGUAAAAAUGGUUGCUGCAGCUCAGAGCACUGCAUGUGUGGGGUGAGCUACACAUAGUCUGACUACAGGGUUCCUAUUGCCUACAGAUCGGUGAUCUCUCAGCCUACUAAUAAAAAUUACCUGCAUUUCUACUGGGCACUGCAAAGUUGCUUAAUUCAGUCAGACCAUUGCUGUCCACACUUAAACUGCACUGUAGCAAGUGUGUUGUUAUUAUUUGGGCCAUGUGUUCCCUGUGUCUUCCGUGGCAAUUACCAUUCCUAGAACUCCCCAUAACUUUUGCUGACAUAAGAGGGUGCGUUGCCAGGUCAACCAUGAAAUUACUGGCUGUCAACAGACCAAAGAGGUUAUUGGAAUAAGCUUUGCUCCACUGGUUCUCCAAGGGCUUGUUGUGACUUCUGUAGAGUUGACUUCUAAUUCUUUUCUGAUUUCUUCCUCCAGAAAGGGAAAGUAUUGGAUCUCUCUGUUGCCCCUGUAGACUGCAAAUAUGACUGAGAGGGAGAAAGAGAUCCCUUUUUGCUGUGUCUGAUUAUGUGUUGUAGCAGCUGAAAAUCUUGUAAGGGUUAGAAAGCAGACCUGGGAGUUAUCCCCUCCCCACACCACAAACAUCAGGAAGCUGGUUUAUGAGACUCAGUACAUCCUGAAUUGAUAUGUUUUGUAGAGCUUUCUUUGGUACAAGUGAAAAGGUCUUUAGCACCUAGAACAGAGAUGGGGAACCCAUGCGUUCCAUAUAUUAUUGGACUCCAACUCCCAUCAUCCUCAGCCAUGCUGGCUGCGAUUAAUGGGAUCUUGAGUCCAACCCCAUUUGGAGAGCCACCAGUUCCCCACCUCUGCCCUGGAAAACAAUCUGAUGCUCCCAUAAUCCUGAAUGUAAGAGCUGGCGGGGAUUCUGCGUAAGGUUAAUUCACUCAAUUGUCCUCUCUUUGGAAUGCUUUAGCCAGCAGACCUUUUUACAAGCAAAAUAUAUCUCCAGUAGUCCACAGUGGAUCCUCCAACUCCAUUGCAUUAGCUACUCUAUGCUGGGGCCACUUUCGCCCUCAGAAUAUGUAAGAAUUGAAAGUUUUCCAUGCUCAUUUUUAGAAAGAAAGCAGAGCGUUAAUAGCUUAGAAUGGAAUUGGGUGGGACAGGAUAGGUGGAUUGAUAAUUCUAGAGCACAGGAAGAAAUGGAAUGGAGCAAGCAUGAUUCUGCCAUGCUGCCUUUUUAGUGGUGUGAUUAUUAUUUUAAUUUUUAGAAAAUCUCUCUUCUUCUCAGUUAAAAAUGGCUUCCUUGUGGACCACCAGAUUUGUGUUCACUCCCAGCGUUCCUCCCCUCUUUGUCCCUGCAGGUACUUGUUAUGGAUCAUCCGAGCACCCGCAUUCUCUCAUCUUGUUUUAAGAUGUCAGACCUUUUGGCUGAAGGAAUCACAAGUGAGUACUUGAGCAAGAGCCUUGUAUGCUCUGUUUUAAUCCUGUUUUAAUCAGAGGCUUAUACCACUUUGAGAAAUGCCCCUAUCGUCUCUCUGGCACUGACACCUCCCUUCCAUUCCAAUGAAUUAUAUGUGUAUCAGUUGAAAGUAAGGUGGAUCUGCAAGUUGCUGCAUAGUAUAAUCCUGGAACAAAAUAGAAACCUUCUCCUCUUGGCACCUUCAUGCUUUUAGUCAAAUCAGUGAAUCUGGUGUCAUUGUUCCCCUCCAUCCUCUUUCUUUCUUUCUUUCUUUCUUUCUUUCUUUCUUUCUUUCCCUUCCAAAAUUCAGACAUCUCAAAUACAUUUCCUCUCUCCAGUUAUUGAAGACAUUAACAAGCGCAGAGAGCCCCUCCCCAGCCUGGAAGCAAUCUACUUGAUCAGCCCCAUUGAGACGGUAGGUCCUUAAUCUCUGCAUACUUGGGCAGACACUGAAUUGGCGAGAUCCUCCAGAUGCCACUUGAUAGAGGGGAAAUCCCACAAUAGUCACCCAGUUCCUUAUUUCUACAUGUGGCCCUUAGGAAGGGAGGAAGUUGGUGGGAAGAACUGGGGGCAAGUGGGGCAGGUGUCACUGGCUGCCUGCUGCUGUUUCCUGAAGCCCCUGUGGGUUCCAUGUAAUCCCCAGAGGCCAGGAAAUCUGCUCCUCCCAGAAAUCUGUCCAAUUUAAGUAUUCCUGGUAUGGCUGGAGUAUCUCUGUUUGUGAAACCAAGGUGAGGGAAGCUAGCGGUGGAAGCUCAAAUGCAGAUAUAGCUGUUGCUAAUAAUCCAUUUUCCUUCUGCAGUCUGUGCAUGCUCUGAUAAACGACUUCAAAUCCACUCCUACCUUCACCUAUAAGGCUGCCCACGUCUUCUUCACUGACAGUAAGUUCAGGGCCUGCUGGUAAUCAAACAGGAAGGCAGGUCAAGGCUUGUUCCGGGAAGGGGGAGAGAUGAGCAGAUGGUGGGAUAGAGGAACACUCCAUAAUCCUACUGAGAGAUUUGGCUUCAGUCCCGUGGCUUUUCUGGUCAUCGAGGGCCUUGCUGGCCUACCUGAAGGCCUUCCUGCCACAAAUUCCACUCGUACCUGUAGGUUUUGGACUGUGCUCUGAAGCACAAACUGUUGCUUGACGUAUUAUCAACAGGGUUCAAUGUGUUUUGGCCCCAGUGAGCAUGUGCAUUUUGGAAGACUCCAAAAGUAUGUCCCUGAGCCUCCCGUGUCCCAUGGCUUGGAGAGUAGUUGAUGCUUCUGCUUGAAGAGGAGAAGUCUCAGUCCUUCUCAGUGCCCUAUUUGUGAGCUUCUUGGAACUUCCCAUGAGUUUUCUAGUCAGCAUUGGGCAGAAGUAAAGGAAGACGCUGACCAGCACUGCUCAGGGUGGCCUCCAGUUCUGGGCCCACAUGUCACACUGCAACCCUUUGUUUUCCUGCCUUGGUAGCUGUCGGAGUGGGGUGGGGUGGGGGGCUGUUACCUAAGGAAACUUGCUGUGCAGUUAGUUUGGUGAGGGGAAUGGGGAAGAUCAGAGUAAUUCCUGCCUCCUCCUCCUUGACUUUCAGCCUGCCCCGAGAACCUCUUCAAUGAGCUCGGCAAGUCGCGAAUCACCAAAGCCAUCAAAACACUGAAGGAAAUAAAUGUUGCCUUCCUUCCCUAUGAAUCACAGGUGAGGAGAGGGAUGAGCAGAGGGUGGACUAGAAUCGCUUGCAAAUGGAGGGGCAGCGGCUCUGUCAUUGUAACGUUUUGCAUGAGGGAUGUUGCCAUUGUUAAGAACAUGUGGCACCACGCACAGGAAUUCUUGUGUGGGAGCUUUCUGCAGUGGCUGUACAAAAUUUGAGGUGGCAGCCUUGCAGUUGAGAUUUCUUGAGGUGUGUGAUGUAUAUCCCUCAGACCUCCCUCAGGAGUUUAUACUGUGGCCACAUCUUAGUAGCUGGAAAGGAACAAUCCAGAUGGGUAAAUUAGACUUACCCAACCUGGUGUGCUGCAGUUGUCCUUGGACUACAGUUCCCAUCAUCCCUGACCAUUGCCCAUGCUAGCUGGUACUGAAGGGAGUUGGAUUCCAACCACAUGUGGAGGGCACCAGGUUGGGGAAGGAUAGAAGAAGCCAUAUCUGCUUAAAGUUGAGGACCGCUUGUAGCUUGGAUUCCUCCGUGUGGCUGGAUGCGUGCUGUGCCUGCUCUGAUAAUGGAAGCUUAGCUGCUAAGUAAUUGCAGAAAAAGUAUCAGACUGUCACUUAAGCGACCAUUUCAGCUAGUAGGGACUAGCAAGAGAAUUUAUAUUUUAAUUAUUCUGCCAAACUAUUGAGAAUAGCAUCUUGCCUAAUACUGUCGGUCAAGUAUACCUCUGAUGUUCACUUCUGCUGCAAGUGAAUCAUCUCAUAGUUCAUUCUCAGUAUUGGGGUGCAGGACUAGAUUUGGGUGGAUGGGUGGGUUAACAGGCAACUCGUAUAAAAUUUUCUUUUCUUUUUUAAACUAUAGCUAUUUUAUUAAAAGGUUAACCAGAAGUUAAAAGUUUACAAAGAAAAGGGAACUGAGGUUUAGCAAUUAUUCCUCACCUUUCAUCAAAUCAUCUUGCAGCUGCUAUAGAGCUUAAUAUGCUCUCAUCACCUCAAGCAAGUUGCCAGAUGAGUCUGUCUUGUGCUAGAUAGUCCCUGUACAGGUGAUGAAUGAGAGCCCCAAAGAGCUUGAGGGAAGGAUGCCAACUGGAGGCCUGUAUAGGCCCAGGACCUAUUACAGCACUUCAGAGGCUUCAGAGAACCAAGAACCCAGCAACUUUUAAUGACCUUAAAAGUGUUGCACGUUCAGAGUUCACAAAUAACCAUUAGCUCUUGCCCCAGUGAUGAUCGUGUGAUGUCCUGGAUUAUGAGAUUAUGAUGAGAUGGAUUUUAAGAUACAGGUUGCCCUGUCAUGUUUGCACCCGUUGACAUACAGCGUAGGAGGUGAUGUUUUCAAACACAGUAAUCCAGGGAGAGGCAAUUUUCAGAAAGAUAUUUCUUGGGAAAGGGGCCCUUCUGUGGGUUUUCUGGCAGAUUGUUGUGAAAGAGCAUUGCUAGAGCAUGGUGUAGGUUCCCAGUGGCUUCCUAACAGACCACUAGUGUAUUAUUCCCUUUCUCCCAUUUUUUCUCUUUCUAGGUGUACACCCUGGACAGCCCCCAGAGUUUCCACCAUCUCUUUAGCCCUUACUGCAGGGAGGAUAAGAACAAUCACUUAGAAAGGAUGGCAGAGCAAAUUGCCACAUUAUGCGAUACCCUCAAGGAGUACCCUUCGAUUCGCUACAGGAAGUCAGUACCACUGCAUACUGAGGAGUGGGAGGGAAGGGACGGGGAACUUGCGAUACCAGGAGGAUGUGGACAGAAGCAUAACAGGCCAUAAUACUUUGCAGAGAAGUUGGUGGGGGUCUUAUAUUAGGAGUUACUAUGAGAGAUAACCCAACUAUUCAUUACACCAGCUUUUCCUGGAAUCCUGUUCUCCUGAAGUUUUGGAGUACAUUCCCAUCAGCACAGUACUCCAAAACAUCAGAAGAGCACCAGGUUGGGGAAGGCUGUGUUAUGGAGUGAGGAAGUGUCCUGCAACUUAUUGUUGGAAUGGUAAAGAAUCCUUGGCCACCUGCUCUGGAUGUGGGUUCACUGCCAGGUGCCAGUUCUACUACAGAGAGAGGGGGUGAGAACCGGGGUUCUUAUCUGUUGAUGAAAUAACUGGCUCAAUACCUCGCCUGGUUGCCAUAUCCAGCGCAGGAAGCAGUGCUCCUCAAUAGCCUUACCCUGUUGAUGUUUUGUUGUAGUGGCUCUGAAGAAUGCUGCCUGUUGGCCCAUGCAGUGUUGGCAAAACUGAAUGCCUUCAAAGCGGACAACCCCACCAUGGGAGAGGUGAGCGAUCCCAGCAUUUUUGCCACAGCCUGUGGAACUAGAGCAAGAGGCCGAGGCAGUGGGAGGUCAGCUGCUCUGAUACAAUUUCAGAAAGCCCUGCAGCAUUUCACUAGAAGAGCAUGAGUAUGAUGACUUGAGGAGAGAUCUGGGGAAACGCCCUUGAAGUGCAGGAGAAUGCAGAAGUGACCUUCCUCCACACAGAGAUGAAAAACAACCUGGGCUGUGCCUAAGUUGGGGCAGGGUGGCUGAUGACUGGCCUUCAGCUUUGUGACUAAUUCACGGGUGGACAAUUGCAUGUGAAGCCUGACCACUCCACUGCCUUUAUCUCCUCCAGGCCCUGCCCUUGAUGGCUAGCAUGUUCCGUUUAACUGGAUGCCGAGUGUCUUGCCAAACACCCACAAGAUGUGCUCUUGCAGAGGCUGCCUGUGAGAGUUUAGACAUGUACUAAGAACCAAAGUAGAUGGGCAAAAAGUUCCCCAACAUUUUAUUUCCGUUUGAUAUUAAAACUAAAACACAGCAGGGGGAGGCUGUGAAUUUUAUCGCAACAGGGGCUGUGUGUGUACAAGUGCAUGGGUGCUUUAGCCCCUUCCCCACGGGCCAUCUUUCUUCACUGCUCUCCACAACCUUCUUUUUUUCUCAUGAGUGAAAAAGACACUAAGGAGACAUGUGUAUGAUGAUCCCAAAAAAUGGUCUACGGGGAAAGGGUUAAAGCACACACAGUUGCACAAGUGUAUACACAAAGUGCUGCUCUGAUCAGGCCUCCCGCUGCCGUAUUUCAUUUCAAAAAAAGGUGAACGAAGAAAAAUACCUAGAGAGAUGGUUCACAUGUUUCCCUCAUCCAUCAUUUAGUUUGGCAUGGAAAUGUUCCAUUUUAGGGAACCUCACUGUAGGAAGGCUAAGAUGUCCUGUGCAAGAUGACUUCCAAACAGGGCAUUUCCCUCUGGCUUUGAGUCCCAUUUCUUUCUGGUGUUGCUGCCGUAGUUCUAGGCCAGGGUGCCCUCUAGAUGAUGAUGGACUACAAUUCCCAUCAUCCCUGGUGGUUGGGCUGUGCUGGCUGGGACUGAUGGGAAUUAGAGACCAGAACACCAGGUUGGCUCCCCUGCAAUGAUAUUCGAAUCCCCAUUUAUAAAGAAAGGGGGGCAGACCAGGAUUGGUCUCGCUUGCUGGAAAUAGUUGUUUUCCACAGGUAUGUCAGGCAAUGUUAUGUUAGCAGGAAUUAAGGCCAACUUCAUGUUCUGGGGAUUUCAAAAUUGUGUGCAUAAGAGGGAAAGGGACUUUUGGCUCACUUCCAGCUGAUGUCACAGAAAUCAUCCAUUAUCUUCCCAUUGCAUUGAUGGAGCCACCACCUCCAGCCCAAAGGAUGUGCUACUGCAGUGCUAGUUGCAGGAAACAAUUUGCUUUGAAGCAGCUUUGCCCUCAAACAAUAAUUAUCUCACAGGGCAGGGAACAAGAGGUACUGCCCACGAUCAGCAAUAGUUCUACUGUUUUGAGAAGACUGAGGGUAGCCUUGACAGUGUAGCUUCUGAAGGAGGUGUGACCUCAACAAAGGUACUUCAAGUGCCUUUAACCCAGGGGUUGCCCUUCAGGUGUUAUUGGACUGCCAACUCUUAUCAGGUCCAGCCAGUGGGCAGCGAUGUUGGGACCUACAGUCCAACAACACCUGGGGAGCACAACACGGGCUACCCUUGCUCUGUGUUAUCUUCCUUGUCUGCAGUGUUUCUUGAUCCAUCUGAAAAGAGCAUCUAUAGGAUACUGCUGUGUGUUUGUGUGGCCACCUGCUGGCAUUGGAAUGUACUGCACAAAUGUGUAAAGGCACAUUCCUGUGCUCAUUCUGACUAGGCUUGAACAUUGCUGGGAAAUGAGACUUAGUGCUGGGAUUUGAAAGCCUGACUUGGGCUGCAAUUUUGGAUAGUUUGUUUUUAGCCCCCAAGCUGCUGCUGCCACUGCAUUCAUAUAUAUAUUUUUUCCUGUCAUCAAGGCAGCCUAAAUACUUUGGAAUGCAGUGUCUCCUUUUUUAACUUGCAAAUUUGGCCUCAUCCAAGCUGACUUCUAGUAGACAUCUGUGAAAGAAUUUAUAGGCAGUCCCCAUUGUCCAAGCAAACCCUAAAUAACUUUUGUAAAAGAGCACCAGAGGCAGAAUUUCUACCCCAGAUAACAGGCAGGUCUGUGGCUCACAGUGACGGCUUCUUUCCUUUGCAGCAUCCACAGCCCAACAUGUUUUGAGUCAUCUCUGCACUAAUGGGAUUGUGCACUGCCAAUUGGGAAGGGAUUUGGUACAUUUUAAUAAUUGCAUUUCUGACCAUGCCCUCUGCCCUGAGCUUGCUGGAGAGUUUGCACGCAACUGGUAGCUAGUGCAGCAGGCAGGUUUAUGGGGUGGGGAGGGAGGAGGCGCGAGGCCCAGGGAACUGGAGCACACAGCCUUUCCUUCUGGGCUGCUUGGUGCUGGCCUCAAAUGGCUGCUAAUCUCUCUCCUCCCCUUCCCUCUUCCACUCUUCUCAGGGUCCUGACAAAUCUCGCUCUCAGCUUUUGAUUGUAGACCGCAGCUGUGACCUGGUAUCUCCGCUUCUCCAUGAGCUCACCUUGCAGGCCAUGGCCUAUGACCUGCUCACCAUUGAGAAUGAUACAUAUAGGUGAGGUCCAGUGGUGGUGGUGGCUGUGGUGGCAAGAAUGCAAAGGUAGAAAUCCCUGGAGGGGGAGAAUACCUCUUUGUUCAGGUAGCAGCCAUGUGUGCCUUACCAAAGCCUUUUUUCACUCUUGCCUUUCCUCAACCCUGCCAGGUAUGAAUCCACAGGCAUCAGCGACUCACGAGAAAAAGUGGUACUGCUGGAUGAGGACGAUGACCUGUGGGUGGAUCUGCGCCAUAUGCACAUUGCCGACGUCUCCAAGUGAGAACUUGUUUGUGUGUGCGCGCAGACACACAUACGCGCUCUGCUUCCUGGUUGCUGGAAGUAAUCCAUCCCAGAUGUGUCUGAAUCAAUUAUUUUGAUAGCUGUUGCCUCACUUCCUAGGUCCACUUGGGUUACAACUUAAGUCUGCAGCCAGACUGAAUCAGGUGGCAAUAGGAAAUACAGUCUUCCUACCCCGGCGCUGCUGCUGCCCCUAAUAUUAACAUCCCUUCUGCUGUAGGGAGUUCGGACUUUUGCAGCCUGCAUGAAGCACUGCUGUUUAUUGCAGAGGCUGAGAGUCAGUUCUCUGCGAGUUGUUAGGAACAUAGGUAGCUGCCUUAUACUGAAUCAGAUCAUUGGGUCCCUCUAGCCCUAUUGUCUACACUGAUUGGCAGCAGCUCCCCAGGGUUUCAGGUAGCGGUCUGUCCCAGUCCUGUCAUGUUGGGGAUUGACCUUGGGACCUUCUGCAUGUGAAGCAGAUGCCCUGCCCCUGAGCUAUGGCCCUUCUGCUUGCCUUCUGUUUGGCUGUAGCUCUUCAGAGAGCCCAUUCCAGAGCAGGCCAUGAAUGUGACUUCCUUCCACAGGAAAGUGACUGAGCUCCUGCGGACCUUCUGUGAGAGCAAGAGACUCACUACAGACAAGGUGAGGCUGCUAGGCUGAUGCCUAUGUGUUACUCUUCUAGCUGUUCUUCCCCUGGGGAGUUCAGAGAGGCUCCCUGGAAGUGUCCCAUCCAGCAACUUACCAAGGCUGGAGAUGCUUAGCUGAAACUCCCCACCACUUGGAGUUUUCAUGUUCACUUUCAUGGAGAUCUCAAGUGUUGCUGGCUGGAAGCUCCAGGGUACAUGGGGUUGGGUAAGAGUUGACUGAGUUGGGAUCCCCCAGCCUGCAGAUCCUCUUAGUGUAGGGAAAGAUUUUUUUGGUCCAUAUCUCUGAUGCCACCUGAUCUUUGCAUUGCUGGUCUCUCCAUUUCCCUUUCUAGGCCAACAUUAAAGACCUGUCUCAGAUCCUAAAGAAGAUGCCCCAGUACCAGAAAGAACUGCACAAGGUAACAGAUGCAAGGCACCAGGACUGUCAUUUUGCUUUGAAUAUUCUAUUCUCACCACCACCACCACCUUUCCACUCUCAGAGCACCUACCGCUCAUGGAAGUAAGAAACAGAUUUUUUAAAAAUCCAGAAACCAUUCAGCAACAAUUAGCAGGAAAGAAAAUACCAGAAGUAUAUCAUUACAUUUCCAAAUUGUUUUUAAUUGCUUCUACCUGGCUUUGGAAGGCUAGGAGAGAGCAACUGGAUGGCAGCGCCAACAUGGAGCAGGGCCUCCCCAGAAGACCAAAGCAUGGCAGCCUCACAUGGAAGGAGACAGUCCUUAAAAAUACCUAAGAUGUUUGCUUGAGGCUUCAGAGUUCAAAAUCAGCACCUUGGGACUUACAGAUAUGCUGCUUGUUCUUUUAGAAGAGCAGUAUUUUUAUAUUUAUUGGUUUGUUUGUUUGUUUAUUGUUCUUACUAGUCACUUUUUAAAACAAAAAGUGGACUCAAAGCGACUUACAGUAUAAUGCAAACAUUAAAACAAACAUGAAACUAAAUAGAACCUAAAAGCUAGAAGCCUUCGCUUACAUAAGAGGUGCUCUGUUGCAUCCCAUCCAGUAAAGGAGCCCCCAGAGAUUGCUGCUUGCCCAUUGAGGUUGCACUUUGAGGCAAGGAGAAGGGGUGGUCAAAGACUGAUUGGCUGAGGAAGUAAUCAUUAUCCUCCCCCUCCCCCGCCCCCGUUCCCCACCUCCUUCACCCUGCAGUAUUCCACACAUCUGCACCUGGCAGAGGACUGCAUGAAUUCCUUCAAGGGCACAGUGGAGAGGUUGUGCGGCGUGGAGCAGGUGAGCAUGUUAAAGAGUCUGGAGCAAUGUAGGAGGGGCUGGAUAGCCUUACCUCCCCUCCAACUUCGCUCACUCAGAGCUCAGGCCAUGGACAGACACAAAGAGCAAUGGACAGUCUCCCCUUCUUUCUUGAGUAAUGCUGUCCUGUGAUCUUGGGAGAUGGCUCCAUGAGAGCAGCCACGCAGAAGGGGCUUGAUGGAUGUCUUCUCUGCCUCCAGGACUUAGCCACGGGUACAGAUGUUGAUGGAGAGAAAAUCAAAAACCCUAUGAAGACUAUUGUGCCGAUUGUCCUGGACACCAACGUGGCUGCAUUGGAUAAGAUCCGCAUCAUUCUGCUCUGCAUCCUCCUCCAGAACGGUACUCCCUUGUCCACUUCUUCUCCUCCAUUGCAUCGUCCGCGGAGGCCUAGGGCAAAGGCCUGAUCUGAGGAAAGGAAGGGCAGCUUUCAUCUAGACUCAGGCCUGCCACCCAGCCGCUUUCCUCCCAAGAUGUGGUUUGAGUUUUGCCACUGUUGCCUUGAGAAAAACUGAGGCAUGGGUUCAUGGGACUAUUGUUGGGCUCUUUCUCAGCACCCAGCAGCACAAGUGGGUGGGUACAUAUAUCUUAUGUACAGCUGCUUGGGGCAGGUGCUGGCGUGACCCUGAGGGCCACAUCUAGCAUCCUGGAGUUCUGUUUUUCUGAGCCGCGUUCUCUCUGCAUAGGCAUCAACGAGGAGAACCUCACCAAGCUCAUCCAGCAUGCCAACAUACAGCAGGACAGGGACAUCCUCUACAACAUGCACUGCCUGGGAGCCGCCAUCAUGCCAGAGGUAUCGCAGUCCCAUUCUUUGUUGCAGUCUCUGUGCAGGUGGCUUGCGGCUGGGCCAGCUUCCCCCAACCUGGUGCCCAAUGUGGUGCCUUCUAGAUGUUGUUGGACUCCAGAUUCCAUCGGUGCCAGCCCAUCUGAAUGAUGGGAGUGGUAUUCGGCAACGUCUGGAAAGCCCCAGUUGAAGGCUGGCCUAAGCUGUUAUGGCUGGGUCAGGUUGUGCUUCUGCUGUUGCUGGUGUUCUUUGAGAGUCAAGGCAGUUCUUGGUCUUUCAGGAAGUAACCUCUGGGUUUCCUGAUAAGGUGGCUCUCCAGAGGGAGGGAAGCCCUUCCAUCUGUCUGUCUGUCUGUCUGUCUGUCUGUCUGUCCACCUAUCUCAUUCUGCUUUGUUAUUUUUCUCUUUUGCCUCUUUGCCUGUCUCUUUGGCCAAACCAGCUGGAGCCUGUUUGGUAAGCAGUUGCUCAUUCCUGAAUCUCUUUCCACUCCCCUCCUCCAGUGCAGCUGACUUUCAACUUUAAUUUAUUUUGUUUCACUGAUUCCUCACCUCACAGGACAUUGGUGCACACAUGAAACCUAUAAGGAAAGUGCGACUGGAGCCUACCUACCAGCUCUCCCGGUGGAUUCCUUUUCUUAAGGAUGUCAUGGAGGUACACAGACAAGGGUUAGGAUGGGGUGGGGAAGGUCGGAAAUGCUACAGGAAAGGAGAGGGUCUCUUUAUGCCACCUGCCUCAGAAGUCCUGGGGGACUUCACUGCAUAGAUAUAAUAAUAAUAAUAAUAAUAAUAAUAAUAAUAAUAAUAACAACAACAACAACAACAACAACAACAACAAUAAUAAUAAUAAUAAUAAUAAUUUAUUUAUACCCCGCCCAUCUGGCUGGGCUUCGCCAGCCACUCUGGGCGGCUUCCAAAAAAAUAUUAAAAUACUGUAAUACAUCAAACAUUAAAAGCUUCCCUAAACAGGGUCUGGUAGUUGUUGUUCUCUUUGACAUCUGGUGGGAGGGCAUUCCACAGGGAGGGCGCCACUCCCUUUGGAGGCAGAGCAGUUGUAUAAGAGAGGCCCCUUUGGAGGUAAGGCUAUCAAGAUGUAGAGCACAGGGCAAAAAAUCAAGGCCAGGCCAGCAUGGAUACCCUUCAACAUUUCAAACAGUUUCAUGCUCCCAGUUGGGCACUACAGUGCACAUCCAGGAACAUGGAAUGUACCUUGGGAAAGGCAGGUAUCUGUUCCUUUCUUUUCUCCCCAGACUGGGAACCAAUUAUGCAGAUGGCUUGCAUAUCCUGUUCGGUCCCUCUAGAGCAGCAAGAGAGCUGCCCAUUUUGGUGGGGUUCACUUGAUUCCCCCCACAAAAGAGUAGUACCAACUGAAAGCAUUCUAAGGCAGGGCCUGUGGUGCAGUCUCUCCAUAUUAGUCACCUGGACCUGUUUUGCCCUUCCUUGGGACUGCCAUGAGUAACACGUUUACAGUGUGCUAGGUCCUUGCCGUCUCCCAUUCCUUCCCCACUUCUGGUCUGAGAAUGUGGCCAGCCUAACAUUUUGUCUUGUUUUGGGGGCUCCUGUAUGUGUUUGUCCUCGUUUAACUUUUGUUGUGUUCACUCUGAAUCAUGCAGGCCAUGGGGUGCGGGUGGGCGUGGCUUGCAUUCCUUCGCUUGGGCCAGGCUGCCCUUGGCUGACAAGGAUGCUAUUACCCUGACGAUUCAUCUUGGUACUGCCCAUUGAUCCAGCUUCAAUCCGAUAGUUAAAUCCAAUUAAAGGAGCCUUUCGCCUGCUCUCACCCCAGCCAACUCCACGUAGCUCUGUGAGCAGGGCUGCACAAAACAUUAAGCUCCCACCGUAAAAAGUCAACAAAGGAUUAAUCUGAAAGUCCUCAUUAUGAAGCAUUCCCGUGUUGUUGUAUAGCCCAGGCCCUUGUACCUCUGAGCUGCUGGAGUGGUUUGGUUGUGAGUAAUGCUUAGAGGGAUGGGGGGAAAGAGAUUCUGAUAGUAUUUCUGCCACAGAGGAGGGAUUUUGGAGUAGCAAAUAAGUGGUGAUAGUUCAGCAUGCCUUAUAUUAUCUGCCCUGUGCCAUUUUCUGUGGUGUUAUGCCACGCCUUCUGUAAUGUUGAUCAACGUGGUGGUAACUGCCUGGUGGAAAUCAACCCUUGUUGUUUUCCUCAGGGGUGCCAAAUAAUUCACCUUUAUUCUUUGGCCUGUUAACAAGCCAACCCCCACCCCAAAUAAAUAGUCAAGUUGAACAGUAGAAUGAGCCCUGCAGCUUAUUAUUUCCAGCAGAUCGAGAAGAAAGAAAUAUAUUUUCUCCUUUGUUCAUGUUUUCACAGGACGUCAUCGAGGACAAGCUGGACAAGAAGUUGUGGCCUUACGUGUCUUGCCCAGCCCCAGGCCCCUCCUCACAAGCUGCUGUGAGGUAAGGAAAAGUGGAAGUAUUUUGUGAUGCCUCCUUUCUCUAUCCCACCCGCUUCCCAGGUCUCCACAAACACACGGUUCCAGGGCUUGCAUCUACAUUCCAAAUGUUUUAUUUCAAGCCCCCCCCCCUUUUAAGGGAACGAAAGGCCAUAAAUAAAUCUAAACCAAGUGAGAAAUGAACCAAGGAAAAGCCUUUUAAAAAGUGUGUGUGUGUGUGUUUAUCUUCCUGAGACUUAUUGGUGGACAAUAUCUCUUCCUUUAUAAGGCACAACAUGAGAAUUCUACAGCUGCAGAGUAUGCAGUAGGGAUUAUUUUUCUCCAGGCAAAGAAGGGGGUGAUGGUGCCUAAAUUUGUCUGGAGGGGCUGCAGGGAGGGGUAAGAGAGAGGGAUAAACCCUAUACAUGAGUGUUUGUGCAGCAGGAUUGGGUGGUGGUUGCAAGGUGAAAGAGAUCGAACAGGCACUGUUUUGUGGUGCCGAACCUCAUAGCGCUGUGAUGAGUCACAUCAAACCUCGUAGUUCUAUGAUGCCAAAGUAUGAUACAGGACCCAAUACACCAUGAAAGAACAAGAGAACUGCAUCUGAAACUGCCAGUGCUUCUUUUCUCCAAAUAAAACUCCAUGUGUGUUAUGUUUCCCUGUCCCGCAAUGUUUGAUUCAUUUUAUUUUAUUUUUUGUAGAAGCCAUUUUUAAGGUUUCCUUUUCUCAUUCUUAACUCUAACUCACAUAGCAAUAUGUUGCUUGUUCCCUGGGCUGAGACUGUGCAGGAGCCAUCCUUUCCGGAAGCAGCAGGCCCAGCACAGAGAGAAAAACUGCUUUGCUAGCUGGCAUGUACUUAACUUGACAGUCUUCUUGCAGCUGGUGCCCUGUGCUCACAUAACAUCUUUUCCCCCUCAGUGCUCGCUUUGGUCAUUGGCACAAGACCAAGACAGCCACUGAGUACCGGACAGGACCCCGCCUCAUCCUGUUUGUACUGGGGGGAGUUACCAUGUCGGAAAUGCGCUGUGCCUAUGAAGUCACUGAUGCCACGGAUGGAAAGUGGGAGGUGCUAAUUGGUAAGUGUGCUGGUGAGGGGCGUGUCCAGGGCACAGAUCACUCUUUAGGCUGGAAACCGUCCGUAGGCAAGUAAAUGAUUCAGGAAUUUUCCUGGUGUUCCUUGCGACAUAUAUUGGAACACACAGAGCAGAAAGCAAAUUCAGAUGGGUUUUCUGGAACUUGACAACGAGCCCUUCUAGCAAUGGGGGCUUCGGGGUUAAAAGUAGUAUACAUAUAAACAUCAUCAUCAUUAUUAUUAUUAUUAUUAUCAUUAUUGAUGCAAUGGGGAAAUGUAAUGCUUCUACAAAUGAAUUAUUUCUGGCUUAAGAUAAAGUUCUUCGCUAGAGAGGGGUUGCCCUGGCAGGUGUGGCUGCUUGUGGCAGCAGCUUUUUGAUGCCAACCUAUAUAUUGCCAACUUUCACUACAUGGAUUUGUUGAGAAUCACUUGUGUGUCCUGAAGCUCUUUGGGUAAAAUCUUCUCCCAACUGUUGGCAUGGACCUGGGAAGGUUGUUUGCUACAUUCUUCUUCAAACCAUGGCUGGAGAAACCAGUUGUAGAUUGAGAUAUAGAGCAGCGGCAGCAUUCCUGUCCAGAAGUCCGUCAUGUGGGAGGUAUCAAGUAAUGAUGAGCUAGGUGCUGGCAGAGCGCAGCAGCUUCUUAACAUGUGGGCCUGUUUGCUCAGUGUGAUCUGCAGAAUCAUAUCACACACAUGUGAUCUGUGAUGGACUCCUCUAAGGUUGCCCUGCCAACUUUUCUUCUCUGCUACACAGGCUCAUCCCACAUCCUGACUCCCAAGCAGUUCCUGGAAGAAGUGCGCAAUCUGACUGAGCAAGCUCCACUGAAGUCCUAAGAACAUCCCACGCCCCUAAGAGACUGUCUGACAGCAGUUCUGUUUAUCUGCCCAGAUAAACCUUUAUUCUCAAAGAGAUGCCUUUUCACACACACAGCUGUCUUUGCUUCUGUCCUUUUAAGACUGACCCCUCCUUCAGCCAGCUAUCAUGAACGAGCAUGACAUUGGAGGACCUGGUCUGGUGUCCAGGCUGAAGACAGGGGUCCAGCCACCUGUUACGUGAAUCCUUUAUUUAACACUGUGAUGAGGUUUCUGGUUGCACUUUAUUUUCUGUUCCUCUCUCCCCCCCCCCCCAACCUCCGCCCAGCCUUCCCCAAAAGGAGGGGAAGUGUCAACUGUAUAUAUCUGAUGGAUAAGCAUCUCCUACUUCUCCCUUCAUCAGUGCAGUUAUUUACUCCUUCGAGGGGGAUUUCCAGGAAAUGAGCUUCUUUGAUGUCUACACACAUGUCCUUGUCUAGACUCCAGCUUGGUUCUCAUUCUUCUUCUUCUUUUUCUUUUUUUGGGAGGGCAAAGGUAGAUUGCUCACUGAAAUAACUUAUUUUUGGUUGUUGUUGGUUUGAGGAAAAGUUUGAAUGGAUUCAAGACCGUUCACCCCCCCAAUCCUAUGUAACGUGUAGAAGCAGUAGCUGUUCCUGGAUGCCCAGUGUUGCAGGCCUACUGGUUGUGCUGACGCUUAGUAUAAGACGGGGGAUACUACUAUUUUUAAAAGGCCAGGGGAGAUGAAUGUAUGGGAGGUGCUGUGUACUACUUGCAUUGUGAGACUUGUUUAGCUCUGCUGAAGAAUCCCAGUGUAUAUAAAUAAAUGUGAAAAUUAAAGUUGUCUAC